AUGGGUGUUCCGAAGUUUUUUCGAUACAUGAGUGAAAGAUACCCAUGUCUCAGUGAGUUGGUAAAAGAAUAUCAGAUCCCCGAAUUCGACAAUUUAUACUUGGAUAUGAAUGGUAUUAUCCAUAUGUGCUCUCAUCCUGAUGAUGGAAAUGUCCACUUCCGAAUAUCAGAGGAAAAAAUAUUCAAAGAUGUUUUUCACUAUAUUGAAGUUUUAUUCAGAAUGAUAAAGCCACAGAAACUUUUCUUCAUGGCUGUUGAUGGGGUAGCACCCAGAGCAAAAAUGAAUCAACAAAGAGGAAGGAGAUUCAGAUCUGCCAAAGAUUCAGAAAAGCAAGAAGCAGAUGCACUCAAGAAAGGUGAAAAACUGCCUGAGGAAGCUCGUUUUGAUUCAAAUUGUAUUACCCCUGGAACAGUAUUCAUGGCUAGAUUGCACCAACAGCUUCAAUAUUUUGUUGUUGAUAAAAUAUCCAAUGAUCCAAUGUGGCAAAAAUGUAAAGUUAUAUUAUCAGGUCAUGAAACUCCCGGAGAAGGCGAACACAAGAUCAUGGACUAUAUUCGUUACAUGAGAGCCCAACCUGGAUAUGAUCCGAAUACAAGACAUUGUCUUUAUGGACUGGAUGCUGAUCUUAUUAUGUUAGGACUGUGUACUCAUGAGCCGCAUUUCAGUCUCCUGAGAGAAGAGGUCAAGUUUGGCAAAAAAUCUAAUAGUAAUAACAAAAGACUAUCUGUUCCCGAAGAGAUAACAUUUUUUUUGUUACAUUUAUCUCUUAUGAGGGAAUAUCUGGAACUGGAAUUCGCCUCCUUGAAGGAUAAAUUGAGAGGCUUUAGCUAUGAUUUCGAAAAAAUCAUUGAUGAUUGGGUUUUAAUGGGUUUUUUGGUAGGAAAUGAUUUCAUUCCUCACCUUCCAAAUUUACAUAUAACAAAUGGGGCCUUACCUAUUUUGUACAAAGCUUACAUGGAUAUAUUACCUACUUUAGAUGGCUACAUCAAUGAAGCUGGUAAGCUUAAUUUAGCAAGAUUCGAAAAAUUCAUGGAAAAACUUAGCGCUCUGGACGUAGAAAACUUCGCAGAAAUUAGAGACGAUAUGUUAUAUAUGGAAGCAAAAACUGGAAGAAAGUACAAUGCACACUCAAAAGUGUCAACGAAAAAGUUGGAAGAAUGGACAGACGAUUCAUCAGGAAACAUCGACUUGAUAGCCCUUGAAGAUGAAUCCCCAAAAGACAGUGGUUUAGCAGCGCUCAUAAGAACAACUGAUGAAUUCGCCGAGUCAGAUGAUGAUGGAGAAACAGACGAAAGUCAAUCUGAAGACGAUAUUGCAUUUAGUAAUUACAAAAAGGAGUAUUAUAUGAAUAAAUUGGAGUAUGCAAAAGUAACACCUGAGGUUAUGCGGAGCCAAGCGGAGGGUUACGUCAGAGCUAUCCAAUGGAAUUUGAAUUACUAUUAUAAUGGUUGCUGUUCUUGGUCCUGGUAUUACCCACAUCAUUAUGCACCAUACAUUUCAGACAUAAAAGGAUUUUCAGAUCUGACGUUGGAAUUUGACAUAGGAAAACCAUUUUUACCUUAUGAACAACUUCUGGCUGUAUUGCCAACUGCCAGUAAGAAUCUUUUGCCUAGCUGUUUUCACAGUUUGAUGGUUGACGAAAACUCUUUGAUAAAGAAGUAUUACCCAGAAGACUUUCAAACAGAUCUGAAUGGAAAGAAACAAGAAUGGGAAGCUGUUGUUCUGGUUCCCUUCAUUGAUGAGAAUCUUCUUCUCGAAGCCAUGGGCUAUUGCAAUGACAAAAUGACCACUGAGGAAAAGGAGAGAAAUAGACACGGCCCAAUGCUAAUAUACAUGUUCACCCCAAGAGACAAAGGACCUUAUCCUGCUCCUGAAUAUUUUUCAGAUAUUCCCCACAACCACACCGAUGUGAAGUCGAUGUUAUAUAACGAAAUCGUUCUGCCCGAAGAGAAAUUGGUAAAGGGGGCAUAUCCCGGUGUUAAAAUGAAUGUCUAUUACCCCGGAUUCCCCACAAUGAAACAUCUGAAAUACAAGGCAGAACUAAAAAUUGCUAAAAUCAAAGUUUUCGAACACCCAAGUAGAAGUGAAAACAUGAUAAUAACUUUGAUACCAGAUCAGAAAUUCCUUGGGGAAGCAAUACCUGUAGACCUUUUAGGGACGACUGUAUUUGUUGGAUGGCCCCAUCUGGUAGAAGCAAAGGUAACAGCCAUCUCGAAUGCUAAGAAAACAUUUAUUAGUAUGGGAGGACCAAAUCAGUAUAAUGUACAAGACCAAAGUUCACCUCAGAUAUUCAACCAGCAAGUCCAGGGAAUACGAGAGUAUUAUCAAAAGAGGAUGGGUAUAGAAUUUGGUGAAACCAAAGUACUGGUUCACGUUCAAGUGAUGAUUGGACGGAAAUACUUGUUUUCCCCGAACGGGCGAUUGACUUUGGAAAAGCAGUUUACGCAGAACACCUCGAACUACCCACUGCAGACGAUCGUUUUCAAUAUUGCUGCCUACGACUCACAUACUUCAGUAUUCAGGGACAUAGAACAAGUGUUUCCAAAGAACAGUGUCUGUUUUACACUCUCGAAUCUGCAUUAUGGAUCUCAAGGAGUGGUACUGGACAGCAGUGAAGUGAAGAAGACUGGUAGAAUGAAGAUUAGCAUAUCUGUGAUUGAAGAGCCAAAUUUGAAUUCAGUAAGAGAACUGUACUACAAGACUUCCAGGAGUUAUAAGAGCCUGUAUGAAUUAGCAAGAAAAAUGUCAAUUCCAAAUAUGAUUUUCUCUAGAAUAACAGGUUCUAUAUUUGUCAGUGUCAGAAAUAAUUCUGGCGAACUGAAAUCUAGCAAUAUUGGUCUGGAUUUGAAAUUGAAUAAAAAGAACAAAGAGACACCUGGCUACACUAGGAAGAUUAAUAAUACUUGGCAUUAUACUGAAAAAGCUGCCGAUUUGGUGAUGAGCUAUGGUGAAAAAUUUCCUGAAGUUUUCUCAUUUUUGUCUACUGAUACGAAUUUUGAUGAUGUCACCGAUGAGAAAUUAUUCGGGGAUAAUUGUGAUGAUCGCUUGAAGGAACUUCAAAGUUGGUUGAAAACAUUGCCAGUACAUACGAUAGAAAGACAGACCUGUGGCAGCGAUAUUAUAGAACCGGAAGUUGUCGAAGAAAUAGAGAAAACUGUGGAUAAUAUCAAACCAGGCAAUGUUAAAAAAGUUACGAUGUCUGUGAAACCUAUGUAUAUAUACAGGCCGGAAGUGCAAAACGGUACGCUGAUGCCAGACCCCAAAACCGAAACCAAAAUCUUGGACAGAAUAGUGAACGUCAGAGAAGGCUUUUCGGUGCCGUUCGGUCUGAAGGGCACGGUUAUAGCCAUCCAGCAGCCGAGCACCGGCUGUGACAGGGACAUAAUGUAUGACGUCGUGUUUGAUAAGCCCUUCAGGGACGGGAUGAAGCUGAAUUGUUCGGAGAACAGAGGCUACAGGCUGCCGAAGACCUCUUUUAUCAAUUUGUCUUAUGGGCAGAGGCUGACGAAGCAGAAGAAUGGAAAAGCAGAUGAAAGGGUAGAAUCUUCUAACAACGGCAGAUAUAAUCCGGAGUCUGCGGCACCUCAACAAGCUAUACUACAGAAAUGGUUUCCUCCACAACAACAACCUUAUGUUGAGACUGAAUCACCUCCAUCCUUCAAUCAGUCAAAUUCUGCAUUUGCUCAAUUCUCAGUUAUGAAUGCGCAAAGAAACAAGCAGAGAGACUGCGUUGAGGCCUAUUACAAUAAGGAUAAAAUCAAUCAGAUCAAAAAAGAUUACACCAGAUUUCAGAAAGGUGAAAAUCUUCUUGAUCAAAGCCAACAGAAUGAAGACGGCGAAGAUAAAGAAAACUUCACUGCUGAUUCACAGAAGAGUGACCCAAAAAAGGGAGAUGACGAAGAACAAAAUGAUCGCCAAGAAAGAGAAAAUAAGAAAAGUUACGGUCAGGAGGAACAACAAAACUACAGCUAUGAUAAGAAGCAGCAGAAUUAUGAAAAUAGUGGUUACAGAAACCUACAGGGGCAAGAUUAUAGACGAGACGGUAGACAGAGUUAUAACAAACAAGAUUACAGUCGAUACAGUGGCGAGCCACAAAAUGGCAAUUAUAGACAAAAUUACAAUCCGCAACCAACGCAACAAUGGCGACAGCACCAACAAGGUUUCAACCAAGACGAUUUUAAUAGUAGUCCUCAAAAGAGCAAUAAUUAUUUUAUGCCUAACUAUGCAAACAAUGGUCAAAGAAGUGUAAGAAACGAAGGACCUAGAAAUGAGGGACAAAGAAAUCAAGGAAACACAAAUGAGAGACAAAGACCACAACAGAUGCCGACUAAUCAUAAGGUCAGAGAUGCAGACAACAAAGAGCCAGAUGAUUUACCAAAAAGAGCACACACAGUCAAUACAAAUUUCCUUAAAAAUCUACUGAGAAUUGGCGGUAACAUUAACGAUAAUACCAACCCUCCAACGGUUGAUAAAAAAGAGACGGCUCCUCUUGUUGAUCCAAAAAUCCAUAGGGCAGGUACUACGACUUCCAGUAAUAUAUCUUUCGAUAUGUUGACGCCUGUUGCUAAUGCACCUGCUAGCAUCAGACUGUUGACCUAUUAUCAGUCGAAUGGUUUGGGUUUGCCCCGUUACCAAUAUUUCAAUGUUAAAAAUAUGACGCAAGCCCAAAUAACGUUAUCAGAUGGAAAACUAGUAAUUGGAAAACCAGCCGAAUCAAGAGAAGCGGCGAGCGAGAAUGUCGCUGUAGAGGUUUUGGAAUUCCUCAUGAAAAAGGUAACACUCGAUGAUAAACCAACCAGUAGAAGUGAUGAUGGUAUUCCAAUCCCUCCAAUGAACUGGUUCCGGAAGCAAGAUGAACCAUCGAGUGCACAGCAAACAAAGCACAAGUCAUCGUCUAAAACGGAAGACCAAUCGAUUGAACGAUCUUCAAAGAACAAGAGCGAAGCUACUGCUGUCCUAAACAAUUCUCUUGUCCCCUUGCAAGCUGUCAAGAGUCAUAUAAAUAAAGCCAGUAUAAGCAAACCGUUGGAACAGGGCAAAAAUGAGAGUACCAAUGUGGCAGAUACCUCCGAAAAAGUCAGUAACAAAGGCGCCAAAAUGAAGGAUUCUCCAAAAGGCCACCAACAGAAUAGGCCUAAAAGAGAAAGGAAGACAAGAAUUGCUGCCAAUUUCGUCAAUAAGAAUAAUUAA